AUGCAUCUUAAGACAUCAACAUUAUCCAAUUUUGAUGGGUCUGCUGAGUUACAAUCAGGUAACAGUAAAGUCAUAGUAUCUAUUAAUGGACCAAUAGAACCAAAACCAAAACAAGAAUUACCAAACGUUUGCAGUUUGGAGAUUAAUUUACAUCCAUCUCAAGGAUUAAGUACCACCAGAGAAAAUUUAUUAGUUGAUAAAAUAAGAAGUAUCUUGUCAUCAUUAAUCAUCAAAUAUAAAUAUCCCAGACAAUUAAUAUCCAUAAACAUUCAAAUCAUCCGUUCAGAGUUGGAUUCCAUCAUUAUAAAUAACUUUGAAAAUUCUCCUAAAGAUUUAAAAAUUUUCAACUUUGAAUUAUCAACUAUCUUAAAUUGUUGUUAUUUUGCAUUGAUAGAUGCUAACAUUGCAUUAUAUGAAUCCUUCAUUUCCAUCCAUUCAUGUAUAGUGAACAAGCAAAUAAAGUUGAAUCCAUCUUUGGAAGAUUUAAUCGAAUGUGGUUCAAAUCAUAUUAUUGUGUUAUCUAUCAAAGAUAAUCAACCUAAUAAGAUAAUAUUCAUUGAUUCAAAGGGCAAAUUCAGUGAAAAGGAAUUAUUAGAUGUCAUUGAUUACAAUUUCAAUAGUGCAGUUGGAAUUUUCAGUGAAUUUAAAAGAUUAAUAGAUAUAAAGAUCGAUAAUGAUUUUGUAUGGAAGAAUUAA